AUCCAAAAUACUCACCCGUACAUACAACUUUUAAAAGCCAUGAAAAAAGUGUCAUCAAUUUUUAAAUAAUUGGACUUAAACCUUAGAUAAACCAAUUGGACUACAACUAUGAUUUCAAAAUGUUAAAUUUGCUUGGUUCACGUUUAUUGGAAGGAUGGUCCGGCCUUUUAAAGGAAAUUCUUUGUCCAAAAGUAAAAAAGAAAAAACAAAGGUCUCAUGGAAUUCAAAACUCGUAAAGCAUCCAAUAUUGACGAUUGUACGUCAUAUCAGAUUUAAGUUGACCUUCUCAAAGCAGCUUUAAUUCUCUCUCACUAUCAAAAUCAUGUCUGAGCCAUGGAUACUCUCUGCAAAGUUACUGUUUGGGAUCAUUUUAAUGCAUACAUGUCUCAACGGCGUUAACUCCAUACCAGUCGCCGAUGAGGUAGUGAAAUUACCAGGCCAACCGCCGGUGACAUUCAAGCAAUUUGCAGGCUACAUCUCCCUCGAUGAAGCAAAACCGAGAUCUUUGUUUUACUACUUUGUUGAAGCUGAAUCCAACUCAUCUUCCAAACCGCUUGUGCUUUGGUUAAAUGGAGGACCUGGUUGUUCGUCUGUUGGAGAAGGGGCUUUUGUCGAGCAUGGUCCUUUUAAACCAAGUGGUAGUGUUUUGGUUAAAAACGAGUAUAGCUGGAAUAAAGAGGCAAAUAUGUUGUACUUGGAAUCACCAGCAGGAGUGGGAUUCUCUUAUUCUGUUGAUAAGUCCUUCUAUUUAUCAGUGAAUGACGUCAUUACAGCUCGCGACAAUCUCAAUUUUCUAGAGAAAUGGUUUGAAAACUUUCCAGAGUACAAGAAUAGAGACUUUUACAUCACAGGCGAAAGUUAUGCAGGACACUAUGUUCCUCAACUUGCAAAUCUCAUACUUAAGUCGAAAGCCAAGAUCAAUCUCAAGGGAAUCGCAAUCGGUAACCCACUAUUGGAAUUUAAUACGGAUUUUAAUUCAAGAGGGGAGUAUCUCUGGUCUCAUGGUUUAAUAUCAGAUGCUACAUAUGACUUAUUCAAUAAAGUUUGCAACUUCUCAACCAUAAGAAGACAAGCCCAAUACAAGUCUAUGACCCCAAAAUGCUCUCAAGUCUCGAAUCAAGCUUCAAGAGAAAUCGGUCGAUUCAUUAACUCUUAUGACAUCACUCUCGACGUUUGUUUGUCAAAUGUUUUCUCCCAAUCACAAGUCCUCCUCAAUAACUUCCGAGGCACGGAGACAAAGAUAGAUGUUUGUGUGGAGGAUGAAACGAUCGAGUACUUGAACCGAAAAGAUGUGCAAACCGCUUUGCAUGCUCGGCUCAUGGGUGUCAGCCAGUGGGGCCCGUGUAGCGAGGUUUUGAACUAUGACAUGCACAAUUUAGAGAUACCAAUGAGUCCUGUGUUGACUUCCCUACUCAAGUCUGGUAUUAGGGUUUUUGUUUACAGUGGUGAUCAAGAUUCGGUCCUACCUUUAACCGGGACCCGAUCAGUGGUGAACAGUUUGGCUAAGGAAUUACGGUUGAAUACAACUUUGCCUUAUAGGGCAUGGUUCAAUGGCAACCAGGUUGGUGGAUGGAUACAAGUAUAUGGUGAUGUUUUAUCUUUUGCAACGAUAAGAGGGGCAGCGCAUGAAGCUCCAUUUUCUCAACCGGAGCGAUCACUUGCAUUGUUCAAAGGUAAACCGUGUAUUGUGAAAAUAGGGAGUUAUAUAGGAGUCAUGAACCUUUCGUUUUUGGGGAUUUGAGUGGUUGAGAACAAAUUUGAUAGGAGCUCCGAAAGGGGAUGGAUUUCAUAUCGAUUUUUAUGUGUCCGUAACUACUUGUUAUUGAGAUAGUAAUUUGACAUUUGAUAGAUAACAUAAGUAUCAAAAUAUAUAUUUAGACAAAAUAAAAUUUUAAUUUUUUUUAAUAA